CUCCAGCGGCCGGGCGCACGCCGCGGUCGCAAGCUGCUGACGUGUGCCGGCCAGGAAGGGGGUCGGAGGUGUAGGUCGCUAUGGCGGUGGAUAUCACGCUGCUGUUCCGGGCCAGCGUCAAGACCGUGAAGACGCGCAACAAAGCGCUGGGAGUGGCAGUGGGUGGCGGGGUCGAUGGCAGCCGCGACGAGCUGUUCCGCCGGAGCCCCCGGCCCAAGGGCGACUUCUCCAGCCGGGCGCGGGAAGUGAUUUCACACAUUGGCAAACUGAGAGAUUUUCUUCUGGAACACAGGAAAGAUUAUAUUAAUGCUUAUAGCCACGUCAUGUCUGAAUACGGAAGGAUGACAGACACAGAACGAGACCAGAUAGACCAGGACGCUCAGACGUUCAUGAGGACCUGCUCCGAAGCGAUUCAGCAGCUGAGAACUCAAGCCCACAAGGAGAUACACUCCCAGCAAGUGAAGGAGCACAGGAGCGUGGUUCUGGAUUUCAUUGAAGAUUACUUAAAAAGAGUAUGUAAACUUUACUCAGAACAGAGAGCCAUCCGAGUUAAACGAGUGGUGGAUAAGAAAAGACUAGCCUUCAGGGGGAGCAGAAAAGAAGGGAUGUCUUACAGGAUAACUGAUCUAAGCUGGAACCAGAGCCAAAUACAAAGACAAGAGAAUCCAUGUCUUCUGAGAAAGGUUCACGGCAUCCUUCACAAGAGUCUGAAGAAAAACCUGCUACUGAAGAAUACCCAGAAAAGGUUCCAGCCGAAUCACAACCUGAACUGGGCACCUGGGGAGAGGGCAAAGGUGACGAUGAAUUAUCCCCAGAAGAAAUACAAAUGGCAAAUCGAAGGGAGAGUGGUUGAAAUUUCCAGACUCCAGGAGAUAUUCACAGAGAAGGUUUUACAACAGGAAGCCGAGAUUGACAGCAUUCACCAGUUAGUUGUCGGAGCAACUGAGAAUAUCAAGGAGGGUAAUGAAGACAUCAGAGAGGCCAUUAAAAACAACGCUGGCUUCCGAGUGUGGGUCCUCUUCUUCCUGGUGAUGUGCUCCUUCUCCCUACUCUUCCUGGACUGGUAUGACAGCUAGCCUGUCCUGGCUGCUCCUGGCGGAUGGUGCGUUGUCAGGGGUCGCGGGG